ACCCCAUUCUCACAGAACAAGCCGAAAUCCACAGACCUGCGCAGAGACGAGGUUGAGACUCUCGUCCCCGUGACCCGAAUGGCAGGGAUGCUUUUCCUUUCUGGAAAGAGAGCGAGGAUGAUUUUGGAGGCCGAUUAAAUACGAGGAUGGCUCUCCAACUCUCGCCUGCAGCAGACUCACCCCGACUGCUGGACCCUCACAGAGUUCCUGAUUCAGUGAGUUUGGUACCAGCCGCGGCUGCUGGAGGCCCCGGGCGCGGGUGUCCCAGCGUGGAGCGGUGGGCACAGCCCAAGCGGCCGCCUUUUGGCCUCUGACCCCAAGGCCAAGCUCUCCACCUCCCGCGCACCAGACUUGGGGCGGGCUGGGCUGAACCGGCAUGUCAGCUAUACACACUCUUUCUGAUCUCCCAGGAGGAGCAAGGGAAGAAGCUGGAGAAAAGUGGACAAAGGACUUACCCUGGGCCACUGUGCAGGGAAGCCCCAGAUAUUGGGAAACAGAGGCCCUAUCCUUCCUGAUGAUUACAUUUCAAAGGAAAGGCUCUCAAAUCCUUAGAAACAUUUCAGAGUUAUAAGAGAUACGUAUUCACAGUGGUAAACGUUUCCAGGAAAUGCUCUAGGAACAAGAGGUCAGCGGCCUACUUUCUCCAGUAUUCCUUUACAUCCUGACUCCUAAUACCGUUUCAGUUUCGUGAGACAAUACAAUACACCUGGACCGUGAUGCCACAAGUCUUCACUAAAAGCCCCUAAUACUUCUUCCAGUUUCUCAGCCAUAAAUCUCCAAGACUUUCGACCUCCCUAUCCUUCUACUUUGAUUCUAGGUGUACUCACCUGAUCUAACCUCCUCUCAAGAGGAAUCUCUUCAUCCCUGGAAAACGUUGCUAUCUAAAGCCAUAAAGUUUCUGGGAAUUCCCUGGCAGUUCAAUGGUUAGGGUUCCACGCUUUCACUGCCAGGGCCAGGGUCCUAUCCCUGGUGGGGGAACUAAGACUCCCAAGCUGCAGUGGCCAAAAAUAAAUAAAUAAAUAAUAAAGAUGUAAACUUUCUGAGGAUAAAUUACAAUUCAAUCAGAUUUAGUAGGUUCAUUAUAUAGCUCAUGACCAUAACGCUGGGAAACAAGUUCCUCACACCAGAGUGAAUAACAGCCAUUAAAAAUUCCCUUUUCUUUUACUGAAAGAUGACUUAUAAGAUUCCUAAAACUUAUUGUAGACUGUGCAUAGCCACCUUAACUAUUUGCCUCCUUCUAUGACAUGAUUAUUAACACCCGUGAAUCUCUGCCGUGGGAGGUCACUGCACAGUUAGCCUUUGACUGACUCCAGGCUAAUACUGAGAACUCCCCAUUUCUUGGUCUCCCAAAUUACAAUAAGCUGUUUUCUUUAUCUGUCGGUAGCUAAAAUGGAUCUUCAAGCUCAAAAACAUAAUGGAAACCAGAGUCCAACUGGGUAUCACAGUCACUCUCGCAACUCAGUGGCUAAAGAAUCUCCCCAUUGCUUCAGGACAGCAGCCUCAGCCACAUAGUUAGCAGAAGCCAUCUUAAACUUAGGGUCACCUUUUCACCUCCAGUGUCAGAGGCCCCAGACUGAGAUGCAGAAGCGUUUGCUCCCUCUCGCCCUAACUGCGGUUUGAAGCUCCCUUCCCAGGUAGGGGGAAUCACAGAGAGGAAGCUAAACUAUAAUGAAAAAAUGAAUGGUGCACAGGGAAUUUAUGUUGCCAUGUGGAAAGGUCAAGUACAUCUAGGCGGUAACUGUAUACGUAUCCCCGUGGGGAAAGUGCAGCAAGAGUUGUGCAAUGACAGGUAUGAUGCAUUCAACUAUGCAUCAAAAUUUGAAAGCAAUUGUUUUUCAUGUAAGACAUGUAAGAUGCAUGGGCUAUGGAGGAAAACAAACCACUACACAGGUCCUGGACCACAGCCCUGCCUUCCGGGGCCUGACCCAGCACCCCAACACCAAUCCGCGGGAGGAAAAAUAUAUCUCUCUUCUGCUCCGAGAUGAAAGAAAAGCAGCCUCCGGCGUCUGCCCAACCUCCGAGGCCCCGCCCCUUACGCUGUGCGAGGAGCCUGGAAGUGCGCGUGCGCAAGGCGGCGGCUGUCUUUGCUGUGUGGUCCGGCGCGGGUCUGAGGCUUUGGGUAUACGAGUGGUCUCUAGUUGCCUGCUACCUGGCCCUGGGAUGUUUAAGGCAGAGAAAUAUUGCCUCCUACAGUGGAUGGGUCUGCUGGAGGUAAGUAUGGUUCUUGAUUGGUUAGUUUGCAUAUCAAAAUCAUGCUCCAGGUUGAGUCCUUUGUUAUUUCUCAGAGUUGGCUAGCCCCAAGAAGCAGUCUCUCCCCAGCCAGAAAGGAUUUUUUCAGAUGUCAAAAGUCAUAUAAUAUACAGAAAAAGUGUGUGUGUGUGCACGCGCGUGCGCACGUGAGUGUCCAAUACAGUCGGUACUCAUGUUUUGAUGAGAGUAAGGAAACCAGGGCAAUGAUAGUAGAGACUUUUAGACAGUGUGGCAUAAGUGCCCCUAACCAACACAGAAAACAUUUUACUGUGAUAAUGGAAAGGAGAAACACAGGUAAAGUACGAGGAGUCCUUGUAGGCCAGCCCAUAAUAUAAGUUUCCCAUUUAUAUUGCAUUAGUCAAGAAAAUAAAUCUGAAAUUUUUUGCAGUCCCUAACAAUAUCUUAGUGGAGUUGUAGAGUAGGUUAGAAAUACUCUCAUAUCAGGGUGACACAUCUGGCGGUGGUGUUGGAGGGGAUGAGCUGAUAAGUUAGUAAAGUACAUGUAAAGGUUGGUGGUUGUGUGUGGAACCAAGGGGAAGGAGUGCGGGUGGCUGCAACGCAGAAGGUCUUGGUGGAAAGCUGGAGGCGGUUAGUGGAAGAAAGCAUCAGGGAGUGGGUGGCCCUCUUCCCAGAGGGUCCAGGCGUUGGCCAAUAUAAGGCACGUGCCUCCUGGGGAAAGCAGUAAUCUCCACUAAUUCCUUUCCUUUUUAAAAUUAAAACUUUGUUUUUAGAGCAGUUUCAGGUUCACAGCAAAAUGGAGGGGAAGGUACAGAGAGUUCCCAUCUGUCCCCUGCUCUCCCCCCAGCCUCCCCCAUUAUCAGCAUCCCCCACCAGAGAGGUACAUUUGUUACAGUUGAUGAACCAACAUGGGCACCUCAUAAUCACCCGAAGUCCGCAGAUCACAUUACAGUUCACUCUUGGUUUUGUAGAUUCUGUGGCCUUGGACAAACAUAUAAUGACAUGUUUCCCUCGUUACGGUAUUAUGCAGAGUAUUUUCACUGCCCUAAAAACCCUGUGUCUUGCCUAUUCUCCCUGACCCCCACAAUCGUUGGCAACCUCUGGUCUUCUUACUACUACAUACUUUUGCCUUUUCUAAAAUGUCAUAUAGUUGGAAUCACACAGUCCAUUAAUUUUUGGAAUGAUAUCGAUACUAGUGACCUCUACCAGAUUUCCCUGUAGGCAUGGAGUGUAGGGGUGUAUGUUUUGGCAGAGAGCAAGGAGUAUACCUGGAUCGUGGGCUAAGCAGACAAGGAACUCAGAAUCAUAAUAGAAUUCCUAAUAUCAAAGGAAGAAAAGCACAAAGUGUCCUAUGUCCAAUCUGUGCGUUAGAAGAAACAGUCCCUGGGGUUUAGUGUCAGGGUCAAGUUAGCCCAGGGGGCAAAGUCAUCUCCAAUGGCGAGAUCUCAGACUGGGGUGAUGUCUCCUGGGGUGACGUCAUCUCUGGUGGUGAGCUCCUGGGCCAGGGUGAUGUUGCUGAGUGUGAGACUGGAGUAUCCUUUUCAAGUGGGUACCUACUCCAGUUGAUGUGGAUCUCAGCAUUUGCCGUGUUUGGUUGAAACACUGUCUUAUUUGGAGGGUUUGGGCCUCUGGAUUGUAAACCAAUGAAAGCACCCAGACCAAUAAUAAGUCCACAGUUACCUAAACUGUGGUGUGUAGCUAAACUCGACAGGGUUUUUAGUUUUUGAAUGAAGUUUAGGCUCCCAUAUCAGUAGUACAGCUGCCUGGUCUUUGGGACAAUCUAUGGUUAAUAGAUCCCAGUGGAGUACACCCCCUCAAUCUGGCCUCCAGCCCUUAUGGGAUAGGGCAAGAUUAAAAAAAAAUUAUAAAUAUAGGUUAAGGUUUGAGGCGAAAUAGAGACCUUUUCAGGUUUAUUUGUUGGACUGGAAUUUAAUGAAUAGGAAUUGUUCAGGAGACUAUUAAGCAUCUCAGUUAAACCAGUUAUUGGGGUCAUGAAAGUUCUAUGAAUACCUUUUCCGAGAGCCCAACAUUGUGUAUUCUAAGCAGUGAAAUGCGUGUCUUUGUUACUAGCAGUAAUGCCUAUAACUCCAAAGGGAAUAACGAGCAUCCUGGCAAGGCCUUGUACUGUAGUCUUAGUUAUAUGUAAAGACAUGUGAUUUUGAUUUAUAUUUUCGGUGCCUGUGAGGCAAGAGAUUGCCAGAGUUCUGUACCAUGAAAUAGGACAAUUUUUAGAUAAUAGCCCAACAGUUUAUAAUAAAUGUGAUGAUGGGACCAUUUGUUGGCUAGGGCAUCCGGUGCUGAGAUGACUGCCUGAAGUUUGACCAAGUGUGUUGUUUCUUGGGUCCCAUCCUUUAUUUAGGGACAUCAUGGCUAAGGGAUGGGAAGCAGCAACAUUCCAUCAGGCUCCAUUACAUAUGAUGGUUAACAGUGUCAUUUGUAUAGUCCUCCAAUUCUCAUUGCUAUUUACUCAAGUUAAUCCCAGGGGGCUUCCUAGGUAGUCAAGGGUCUGGGGGAGGGGUGACAUCCUCCAGCACCAUGGCAUCUGGCAAGAGACAGGGGAGGCCACCCCUCCUGAAAGUGGAAUAUAUGAAAGGGCCCAGAUUUGGUUCCCUCCUCUCAUAAGGAGGCCUCAGCGGUUAUGCUGUGUUUAUGGGGGUAUUGCUUCCAUGACCCAAAGUAUAAUGGACAAGUGGUUAUGGAGGGUCGCAGGCUCAAGGUCUGUGAGAAUGUCUGUUUCCAAGAAAGUAUGUUGACAGCAAUUACUGUUUAUAAUGUACAGGCAUACCUUGUUUUAUUGUGCUUUCCUUUAUUGUGCUUAACAGAUAAUUGCAUUUUUUAAAAAUUGAAGAUAAAUUCUCAUAUUGGAGAAUAACGGUAACCUCAGGAGUUCAGGCUUUUGAGACGGAGUAACCUGCAUUCAGACUCUGGCUCACCACUUCUUAACUGGUGAUCUUGAGCCAAUUACUACUCCUGUUUGAACAUAAGUUGCCUCAACUACUGAAUGACAGUAAUAAUACUGUUGAUAAUCAUAUGAGCUUCCACUGUGUGUGUGUUCUGGCACAUAAUGAGUACUCAGUGAACGGCAAUUAUUAUUUAUAUUUAUGUGGUCUACAGUUUCUAAUGACUUUCACAUAAUAUAACUUCCAUCUUCUACAGAGAGAUGGCUAAUGAAUGAUGCUUGAUGACAGAUGAGAAAUGCCUCCUGCAUAAAGAUUGAUGGUAUGAGGCAAGACUCCUACUUAAUCAAGAGGAAUUGAGAUUAACUUACCCAUUAAAUUCAGAAACUGUCUUGAAGAGACUUUGGGAAUAAGACAUGUUAAGGCAGAUUUCAUUAACAGAUUCACAGGAUGCCAGCCAUUGACCUUUUCCCUUGUGAUUGGGAGAUUUGUCUUAAUGCCAGAUGGUCAGCACCUCAGUGGAAUAUUUUGGAUGGGAAAAAAUCCAGUGUGGUGGAAAUGGUCUGCAUGCUCCAGUCCAGGAGCCUGGCCAGGAGGGAGACACAAGAGGAAGAAUGGCUGCAGGAUUGCUGGCAACCUGGUCACAGGACUCGGUGACCUUCGAGGAAGUGGCAGUGGACUUUUCACAGGAGGAGUGGGCACUGCUGGACCCUGCUCAGAAAAUCCUGUACAGAGACGUGAUGCUGGAGAACUUUAGGAACCUAGCCUCAGUGGGGCAUCAUCUCUGCAAACACAGUCUGUUCACUGAGGUGGAGCAGGAAGAGCUGAGGCCAGAGCAGAGACGAAUUCUCCAAGGUGCUUAUAGAGACCAGGAUACUCAACUUAAAUCAAAAGAUGCAAUUCUUACACAGAAUGUUCCUGGGGAAAAAACUUCCAAUGGCAUAAAAACGGCAGCAACUCACCCUGGUGAGAAACCAAUGGAAUUUAAUCAUUGUGGAAAAUUCUUUAGAAAGAACUGUCACCUUAUUUGUCCAAGAUAUUGCAAGAGAGAGAAAUGCAACAAAUAUAAAGAAUAUGGGCAAGACUCUGGCCAUCCCUCAACUCUUAGGAGUCAUGUGAGUACUCACACUGGAGAGAAAAUUAUUGAAUUUAAUGGUUGUGGAAAAUUUUUCAAUCAAGAGUCAUCCCUUAGGAAACACUUAACUCUCCCAGGAGAGAAAUCUUCUGAGUGUAAUCAACAUCUUAUGUCCUUCAACUUACACUCUUCCUUUUCAGUACAUGAACAAAUACCUACUGGAGAGAAACUCUGUGAAUGCAGUGACUAUGGAAAAAGAUCUUCCCUUAGUUUCCACAAAAAAAUGUGUACUGUGGAGGAAAGCUCAAAAUGUAAUGAACAUGAGAAAGUUUUCACUGGCCCCUUGUCCCUUCAGAUAUGUGUGAGACCUCACACUGGAGAGAAACGUUAUGAAUGUAGCAAUUGUGGGAAAGCCUUUGUUUUUCAGUCUUCCCUUAAGAAACAUGUGAGAUCACACACUGGAGAGAAACCUUACAAGUGUAAUCAUUGCGGAAAAUCCUUCAGCCAGAGCUCUCAUCUUAAUGUGCACAAAAGAACUCACACUGGAGAGAAACCCUAUGACUGUAAGGAAUGUGACAAGGCUUUCACUGUUCCUUCAUCCCUUCAGAAACAUAUGAGAACCCACACUGGAGAGAAACCCUAUGAAUGCAGUGACUGUGGGAAAUCCUUUAUUGAUCAGUCAUCCCUUAAGAAACAUACACGAUCUCACACUGGAGAGAAACCUUAUGAGUGUAAUCAAUGUGGAAAAUCCUUCAGUACAGGCUCUUAUCUUAUUGUGCACAAGAGAACUCACACUGGAGAGAAAACCUAUGAGUGUAAAGAAUGUGGGAAGGCCUUUAGAAAUUCCUCUUGCCUAAGGGUACAUAUGAGAACUCACACAGGAGAGAAGCCCUAUAAAUGUAUUCAGUGUGGAAAAGCAUUCAGCACCAGCACUAACCUUAUAAUGCACAAACGAAUACAUACAGGGCAGAAACUAUAUGAAUGAAAUGACUACAGGCUAGCCU